AUGGCAACUUACACCUUCACACUUGUGAUCGACUCGCUCAUUCUCAACAACCGCUCUUCGGACAGCUUCUGUAUUGCAAAGAAGGUUGGCGAUUCCUUCACGACGGUCUUCCAGGAUGGUGCCAUAGCUCCCAAGACCGCUGAGCAGAAGACUCUGGUCUCUACCAACGUCUUCCAGUGGCAAGACAAGUACCAAGUCUUCCUCGCAGCAGAGUAUAAGCACGGCGUUUUGGUCCAAAGCGUCACCAACCACGUGCCGGUAGCCUUUGGCGAGGCUACCGAGUACAAGAACAACAAACUCUCCGACGCCUUGUCCGCUCAAGCCAGCGAUUUCGAGAACGGCUCCGGAUCGGAGUCACAUGAAGACUCCUUCCUUGCCAACAUGAUCCCCAAUCAGCUACACACGGCUGUCGAGACAUUCUCCGGAGGCAAAUGGGUCUGCAUCUACGUUGACCCAGACAGCCAUGUCGGCGAUGUCAACAAGCAGCUUACUCCCAAGAACGAGUACAUGCUCUUCUGGGCCAAUAGAGUCGAGACUGACUCGAUGAUUGAUGCGACCAAGUUCGCACACCCGUUUUACUUCAGCUUUGAGGCGGGCUCCAAGGACAAGACUGUGAGAUUUGGGUACAAUACCCCAGAUAAGCCAGCUGGUGGAGAGACCCCUGUGUUUCACAAUGCUUGA